AUUCUCACUCUCAAGAAGCAGAGUUAAGUUCCAGAAUCUUCUUUUACGUUACAGCUCUCUCAAUUUUAGACAAAAGGCAUUAUCAUGAAGCUUCUUGUUUUAAGUGCUAUGAUCCUAGCUGCAUCAUAUGCAGCCCCCAAGCGAGCAAAACGUGAGGCAUAUGCUCUCCCUGACGGUGCCGACCUCUUAAUUGGGCCAGUUAAAACAACAUUCUCUUGCUUCAACGAUGGCUAUUAUGCCGAUGUAGACAACAACUGCCAAAUCUUCCACGUCUGCCAUUCUGUCGAGACGGAGGAUGGUUCAAGGAAUACUCAGCAAUGGUCUUUCCUCUGCAGCAAUCAGACUGUCUUCAACCAGCUAACAUUAUCUUGCUCUGAUCCCGAAGAUGCCGUGCCCUGUCCACAGGCUACUAGCUUCUAUAGCAUCAAUGAAAGAAUCUACGCUGGAGAUCCCAAACUCAACUUUUUGACAGAAGAAGACAUUGAAAGAGCAGCACCUUUAUUGUACAGGAACACAGCUGACGUCCGAGUGGUUUAGGAACUUCAAGUACUAAGGGGUUAAAGGAACUGUGGGGUGCUUAUCCUAGUAAUAGACGGACGGACUGUACUUUGGAACUAAAUGUUGAGCAGAAGGGUGCUUGAAAAGCAGAGAUACAUGAAUAUUGUAUUGUAUGAUCUUGUGCAUCUUUCUACAGUUAUCUGAAGAACUUUUUUGUUACGUUUCUGUUACUCGUUUAUUUGUAAUUUUAAAUAUCAAAUUUGUAUUAUCCAUAGAAGGUUUGUCACCUAUAUGUGUUGUGGAAGACGUGGGUGCUACAACAAGAUUGUUUUUACUGCUACAUUUAUACUGUUGACAUUACAUACAUUUGUACUGUUUCAUUUGUACUGUUACAUUCAUUGUUACAGUGCUUUUGAUAAUUAAGCAUUCUUGUCAGUCCUUCCAUCCUAUGUUAUAGUCUAUAAAUAAAACUAUAUUUGCAAUUAC